UGAAAGGGCGAGUUCCAGUUGCCAAGUGGGUUGCGACCAGAGAGCUAGAAUGGAAGUCUUGUGAGAAGCUUGGAAUCGUGGCCCGGGCCAAACGACGCAGCGGUAGUGCCACCAGCCAGAUAGUGUCUGUCACGCAGACCGACACAGGGACAUGGACGACGGAGCACAACUGUGACCUACGUGACGCAAGGUGUUCGUCGAGUGGAUGACACUCCACGGAGAACUGGCCGGCGGAGGAGGAGGUCGACAGCUGCAGCAACAGAAGACUAUUUGUUACUGUAGCUGAAGAGUCUGACAGAUAGAGAGAGAUAGAGAGAGAGCUUGAUAGACAGACAGCUUUUUUAAAAAAACAAAUUCAGGAAAUUGAAAGAAAAACAAGAAAGGAAUUAAAAGAAUUAACGGCAAGACAACACCCCCUUAAAAACACAUCCAAUAACACUGUACCACUUAAGAUUUUAACUACAAUUGCUACAACUUCUAUUACUGCUACCAAUCUGACAGUACCUUAGAACCCCCCCCCCCCCCCCCUUGGACAGAUGGUGAAGAUGCCCCAACGACAAAGGCACAACACAGGCGGUGGUGCCGGCGGUGCCGAAUUACCUCUUUUGGACCCCGGGGUCAUAGAGGCCCACAACUCAGUCACCACGUCCCGGUGCAGCAUGCCCUUGGCAUGCGGCUGCCUCCGGGGAUACGAACCCAUCAACCUGGAAUCUCCGACGGGAUGCGUCCGGGUGCAAUGCAACAAUGAGCAGUGCACGAUGGGCACCCUCAUGCACGGCGAGUGCUUCGCAGCCUGGGAGGCGCACGUGCUGGCCUUCCUCAGGUCGUGCGGUCGUGCCCGGUCUUGGUCAGAGAAACAGCGGCUGCAGAAUCUGUGGACGAAACGCGGCUACGACCUGGCCUACCGGGCGUGUUCCUGCCUCUGUAACCGGGGCCACCUUCGGAAGGACCUGGACUGGACCCCGCCCACAGAAUCAGACGACGAAAACAAGACGAAAAAGAAGAAGAAGAACCGGCAGAACCAAAAGCCUAGUCUCGUCACUGUAGGUUCAGGAACGCUCAACGGCAAUACCACCGCCACCAAUAAUGCCAACAACAGCAACAGUAGCACGACCACGAUUCCCGUCGGAGGAACCCUAAGUGGCACGCUCACCUUAGGACAACAGCCCUGUCAGCGCCACAGAGCCAACUCCAUAUCCUCCACGGGCUCCUCGCCCCCUUCAGAUGGUCCAAGCAGUCCCUUCCAUGGAGCUCCAGGCAAACGCCGUUCCAGAGAUUUCUUCUCAGACAGAAGCAGACAUGGUUCCGGUGGAGGACUGUUUGCAAGACGUUUAGACUUCAGCAGUUUCAAUGCUUUGCCGCGCAACAAAAUCAACUCGUAUCACAUCAAGAUGGAAGAUGAUGGUCUCCACGGCAAUGACGACACCAGAUGCUUCAUCCUGUCGACGUUAGCGGGUCAGAGGUCAUCCAGGACGGCGUGUGUUUUAUGCCAUCAGGCACUCCUAGUCUUCGACAGGUACCCUCUCCUCGACGGGACUUUCUUCCUCACACCUAUCCAGCACGCCAAAUCUGCCAUACCCGUUCGAGUAGAGGGUCGACAGCAGUACCUGGCGGCCGUGUGCAUGGGGUGCCUAGAGGGUUGGUCUGUCAACCUUCGGUGCGCGUUCUGCAACGCCCGAUGGGACGGCUCUGCCCUCAUACUGGGUACCAUGUAUUCCUUCGACAUCUUCGCCGCCAUGCCCUGCUGCGAAAGCCGGUUAAAAUGCAGCAAAUGUGAAGCCAUUGUAAUUCCCCCCGACCAGAGACUCAGUUUCUUCAGCGACUACAGCAGAACUCAUGCCUGCCCCUCUUGUGGUCACGUUGACCAUCACUUCGUCAAACCCCUCAGCUCCUUCGUCAGAGAAGACAAACAUUCGUGGUAGUCUCUUGCAUAUGAUGUCGCUACUGGGAUGACCCCGCACAUCACGGGCCUACAGUGAGUGACAUCAACCCCGAAGAAUACCUCUUCCCUCAAGGACACCAUCGAAGAACAGUGUGUAUAAUGAACUUUCUUGUCUUGUCUAGUGGCACUUAUGUCAUCAGAAAUGAAACAAUUAAAAAAAUGAACAAAAGGCAGUUGUUGGGACAUGGGGUGACCGGGAGACUAUUGGUCGUUGUUGUUGUUCUUGCUGAAGAAGAAAAUGUCGGACAAAUUUUUUGGGAAGUUUUUACCUCACAUUUUGUAAAGAAGCUCACCACCACCAACCUGCAUGGAGGUGGGAGCGUGAAGGUUGGAUGUUUGUCGUUGCAUUGAGACCCACUUGCUAGUUGGACAUAAAUAAGGCUUGGGAAGGACUUGAGAAAUUCUUAAACUUUGAGACCAUUAUUGAUUGCUAAACAAAAUCUGGAACAUUGGAAAAUGACCUCGAAAGUUCGCAAAAUUCAAGCCGACUCCAAAUCUAAACGUACCAUCAACACAAGGCAGUGUACAACAUGAACACUUAUACCAUUUAUUGGAUUGUUGAAACUGAGUUGAAAGUACAUCCAUCGCCAAUAUGUAAAAAUCGUAGUUCGGUUUACUUCAAAAUAUGUUUGGUCUGAUGCUAGAGGAGAUAAAGAUAAAGAAAAGUCGCAAGUGCGAGUGGUUUAAAGACCUUUGUCGUGGGUUGCCAUUUUGUGUGCUCUUUCGAAGUAGUCCAGUCACGGUUGUCUGACAGGGGAAAUGUUGAAGACAUUGCAAACCAAAAUAAAAACCUUAAUCAUAUGGACCAAGAAAGAAGUUUUUUAAUUUUUUGCAGUUCACCAGAAAACUGUGAACCGAUGUAAAUAUAUAGAGAUUAGUUGUAUGCUAAUUGUGUGAUCUAUUGUGCUGUCUACAACUUUACUCCGUAAGUCUGAAUUUCGAUGUUUCAUCUUAGAAAUAGUCAAAGAUUCCUUGCUGAACAUAGAAAAGUUAAAAAGAACUCAAACCCGUUUGCAAUUCACCAGAACACUUGAGAGAGAUGACUUCGACCGCUGUGUGCAUGGAAAUGAUGAUUGGUGAAGGCGGAGCAAAUGGGGAACUGAAAAGUUUUUUUAUAUACUUGAGUGUGGAAGAAAAUUGGGAGACUUGAAGUGAGAUAGCUGAUAAACAAGUUCUAAGUAACUCUAAGCGGUAGAAAGAAGGAAUACUUUAUUGGUUUCAAAACGAGACAGACAGUUGAGAAAUUGGCAACUGUAUAAAUUAGAAUCUGGCCAUGAACUUAAAAAUUAAUUUUUUUCCUUUUGUUUUAAAACACUGAUACUUCACAUCAAUACGAAAUGGCCUUUUCGUGUAAAUAUACAGUACAUACAAAUUAACCUUUCUUAUCAGGAUAAAGUAUUUUGAAAAUCGAUUCUAGAAAAAAAAAUCUGGUACAAGAAAUAUUAUCGCCGAUGUGAAAUAGUGGGACAGCAGACUGACAGAAGGCUAGAAGGAACAGACAAAAACAGACUGAAGAAGUCGUCUGGCAGGGACUUUGACAGCGGCUGUGUGGAAAGGGUUAGUGCUCAAGUGGAAAUGACUUUAAAGUCUGUCAGACGGAGGCAAAUGUGAAAUGGUUUUGCCUAAAGGCAGGAGGCAUCAUCAAGGAAGGAGCGUUAUGGAGGCAGCAGGAUGUUUGGUGGAAGAAUCAGUUCCUCUGGGUGAGAUUGGCAAUAGCUGGCUGUUGGUUUUGCUGUGGCCACUGGACCGUUCCAGACCGAUGGUGGCCUUUAGUCAGCUCUUGGACCGUUCCAGACUGAUGGCAGCCUUUGGUCAGCUCCUGGUUUCUGCGUUAAGGUCAUCUCGGCUGGAAGCUGAUGAUAGCAGUAACCUCAUGGAGGGGAAAAUGCCUGUAAGUUAGUUCAAUGUGCACUCUUUUCUUUGUACUGUAGCUCCUUCAUGGAAAUCAUUUUCCAUAAAAUGGCAGUGAAUAGCUAUGCUUGUGUGUAGGGAUGAUGAUAAGCAACUUUUUAAGAAAAACUCUACGUAUUGAAUGUGUUAAGGUACAUUUUUUUACUUGUAGCUUUAUCAUGUAUAGUGUGGAUGAUUCUGUUUCCUACCUCUUGACCUUAUAUUGUAAAUGAAAAUAUUUUUAAGGACAGGUCUACUACUGCUGAAGUCCCUUAUUCUUGUUACCAUUAUCAAAAAUCAUUUCUUACUUAUUUUCGCAUAUCUUUUUUAUUUUAUUUUAUUGGCAAAAAAUAAUUGUGCUCUGUGUCAAAAUUAUGGCAGUCUAUGCCUUCCAAGACAACCCACUUUGAAAUCAUUACAAGAGGUACCCGUCUCAGAAGCAUUCACACACUGGCUUCCGAACUUGCAGAGGAGCUGGGAUCGUGGCCCAAGAAGUCGGGUAAGGAAACAUGUCAGUCAUAUGCCAGCCAGAAGUCGUAUAUUUAUAUGUAUGCCCAUCAUUUCUUGCUACAAUAUUGAUAAAAACAACCAUCCUAAUCGUUACGGUAUGUUUUAGUAUAAUGACAUUAUUUUCACGAAGAUCCUAACAGUAAGUUUAUAUACGGAAUUUCAUGUUCUCUAUGUUUUAAUAAUCCUUGCAUUACAUAUACCAUUUAUCUUGUGAUUUUGUCAUGUUUUUGUGAAGUAAUUCUGCGUGAAAUAAGAAUUGGUGAUGAUGAACUCUUAUUUAUUUUAAUAAUGAUUCACAAAUUCACCUUCAGUAGCUUAAUGCUAUCUUUUUUUUAAUUGUCAGGGACUAACCCUUUAAAAUUUGUCGCUGAAAGAUACUGUCGCCGUUUCGCUUGCGUUAUGUGAAACAAUUUCAGACUUUUAGUAACUGAACUCUAUGACAUGGGACUUUUGUGGCUCCCUUCCCUUACUGAAUCACAUCCCCAUUAUUAUAUAUUUUUGUAAAUUUUGACUGGACGACCCUUGCGAUCUUGCUUCUUUGGCACGGCCUCAGCGGCCAUUGUGUGCACAGCUAGGAUUAAGCUAUUUGGGACCUGAUUAAUAAAACAUGUGACCAACCUCAAUGACUACUAUAGACGCUUGAUCUCUUUUCUGAUUUUUAUUUUCUGGUGUAAAGAGUUUCGUGAAGCCUCUGGCAGGCAGUUGAAUAAUAAAAAAUAGUCUUGUAAUGUUGUUUUGUCGGCAAAGUGCAGCAGUGUUGAAAUUUUUACCGAAAUAGAAAAUUUGAUAUUAUCAUGAAUUAAAUUUUGUAUAAAAGAUAGUGAAUAGACUUUGAGUGAGAGGACAGUUACUUACAGGUUAUUGUGACUUCAGGAAACUGUUACGGAAAACUUAAUGUUUUGUGAAUGUGAAAUUGGAACAAGUGAAAAAUAUCAACUAUCAGUGUACAAUAUGUGGUAAAUGGAAUUAUAUCUGAGUAAAUUAUAAUCAGUCAAAUCUUCAAGCAGUCAGGCUAGGAGACAUGAAUAAGAUAGGUGCUUGUUUGACAGAUAUAAAGAAAUGCUAAGACCCUGGGAUUCGGCCAAGAAUGAUUUCCAGAAUACUAGACUAAAUCCUGGGAAAUAAUAAUGCAUGAAAAAUUGCUACAGAGUCUUAAAAUAAGUGAUUGUUUCAUUCAAGUUGAGGUUACAAGGGCUAAGGUCUAAGUCAAAGGUCAAGAUAAACAUACUUCUAGAUGCCGAGAAUCACAGGGUUCCUUAGCAUUUCUAGUCAUAUUUCAGAGUCUUGGUGUUGUACCUCAAAGCACAAGCGGCUUGCUUUUGAGUAUAAGGGGCUCUCUCUUGGCAUAAAAAAAUGUAGCCUUGGCUUCAGCACGCACUCUCUCAACGGUGAACAACAACAGGAAAAGAAGACCCUUCGCGGGAGGGUCCAAAAAAUGAGUGUGUCAGAAGAGGAGGUUAGAAUUUUUUUGCCAAGUUUUGAAACCCACUGCCGAUCUGUAUAGAGUUUAGAAAAACGGUUUUUUUUCUUUGUAAUUUUUUUGGUCUCUCCUAAGUUUGUUGGCUCAACUGUGAAUAGAUUGUGGUUCUUCUCAAAAGAAAAUGAAGGUAACCAAGUAUACAGAAUUUAUUUUGGUUGCAAGUUUUGCUACUUUCUGUUUGCUUGAAAAAGGAAACAUUGAUUUAUUCGAAUUAGAGAUGUGCCUUGCUAAGGAUAAAAAACCAUGAAUUAUAUGUUGCUUAUUUUCAAAAUUGGCUUAUGCAUUUGUAAUUAUUAUGAUGAUUAUUUUCUAGAAAAUAAAUUUAAUUUUCUACCCCAAUUGGCUUUUUCAUCUUUUAACUCCAUUUGUUGUCUUUAUUUUAAAAAAAUAUGCAAAACGAAUAAAACGAUAAAUGAAUGAACGAAGAAAGAGACUCAAAUUCCAUCAUUUAAUACCAACCAAACACUACAGUAAAUAUUAAGUAAAAAUUAAUUAAGGCAUGCAACCUAAAACACAGAUGCCAUAGCAUAAAAACAUUCUCCUAUUGCCUAAAGGUAGUGUGGGAAACAGUAAGUCUGAAUUUCAGCGUGUAAAAAGGGAUUUUUGGUACAUCUAAAGAUGUAGAUAUAAGGUCCAUUUAACGGAAAUAAUGUUAAAGUAGAUAUCAGGAAUUCAAAUACGGGUAAAUUUCAAACCUUAAAGAUACCUUUACUUCUUAAAGUCAGGGUCAUUACGAAAUUUACAUGUAAAUUCAUGAUGGAAAACUUCAGUUCGUAGAAAUAUAAUUAUUGGAAAACUUGAGUCAGUCUUGAUAUAGGUGCAUGAAUAAAAUGAAAGCUGAAUACAGACCAUCAGAAUUCCAUGUUUUGUAAAUACCCCAUAAAUAACAAAGAAGGAAGCUAUGAGAACAGAGGAAAAAAAGAAACUAACGUAAGAAGGCUUUCCUUUUUUAAGUCAUUUCUUUAUCUUCAGUACGAAAAUGAUGGAACUUGAGAGAGACUUGUCAUCCAUAGCAAGCUGCAAUGACCCAGGUGUUGCAAAAAAGAGCGAUUCUGACUGACGCGAAUGACAGAGCAGAAAAAUCGCGAGACUGCAAUCAUUCUUACUAAAUACUAACAGAAAAAUAUGCGACAUUCUGUUGCUUGGUGAGAGAAGCUUCAACACAAUAAAAAAAAAUUAACUACAAAGCAACUAUAAGGAAAGUAUAGAAUAACUGAACAAGAGAGUUCACCAUUUUUAUAGAAAUGGUCCUUGGUAGGGGGAGGGGGGAAGGGUUGUCGUAGGGGCUGGCUGUAGGUGUGACCUAGCAACAAAAUAAACGGCAGAAUUAAUAUAUUCAAUCUUCAUUUACCGGUAUUGGCGCACACGUGGCAUAAGUAAGUACAAAGGGGGCAUGGUGAGCAAAAGGAGUAUUUUCUCUUUUUCCAUUUUUUUUUCAAGAGACCUUUAGUCAAACCCACUUGGCACUCAACAUUCACACUCAACUACAAUUCAGUCCAUCAACACAUUACCUUUGCAUAAACAGUUUUCCAAUACUUAUAGGGUUAAGCCAUCUCCAUCUAGUUUAGUUUUAUGUAUUCAAAGACUUAGUUAUAAAACUAUUAAACUUUCGUAACAAGGUGCAUGUUGUCUCUUUAUGUAUAGGAUUAUGUAUUGCACGUUCCGUUCAUAGUCGGUAUGAAAUAUCCAACGUGUCAUUUUUCAACAGAUAAAUUGAAUCCUACAUGAUUGUCUUCCAUUGACGUUAGGUCUUUGUGUUCAUCCUCAGAUUAAUUACUUUCCAGCCCUUAGUUUUCGCUUUAAAUAUACGUGCAAUUUAAUUUCGAUAUGCGAUUAAAAGCACUUCUGCAUCGCUUUCCUGAGUCGGAAUAGUUCUAGGUAAGCACAGUAGAUUUCUCCUUUUCAUUUCAGCUACAAAAAAGUGGACUCUGAGACUUAUAAAAACUAUGAACAUUUUUAAUUCAUAUUUUUUUUAAUCUCCAGCCGCCACGUGGCGAGUAAUAUGGUGUGAAGCCCUGUUAAUAGUUGUUAAAAACAAUUUCCAAGUGAAAGCAACUGGAAGGGAAUUGAAAGCUUUACAUUGAAACCUAUUAGGUUACUUGUUACUGAUAUAUAUACUAUACACACACAUAUAUAUGUGUAUACACUAUACACACACACGUUAGAUGAUAAGAUUUAUAAAUAAAUACAAGUCAAUUUACUUACAGACUGUAUUUUAACUAUGGAGUAUAUACAGUAUAAACACAGACCAAUAAACUCACAGAUGAACACACACAUGCGUAUGCACACACACACACACACACACUAUGAUGUGUGGAAUCCACUGCAACUCUAAUACUUGCAUAGCUGCUAAGAAUUUAGAUCACUAAGAUUCAUGAUAAAAUCACUGGGUAUAAAGAGUGAAGGUACCUCGACAAGUGCUUCUUCAGACGGACGGUGAAGAUGAUGAUGAUGAAGAUGAUGAUGAUGAUGAUGGUGCUGGUGGUGGUGGUGGUGGAGAUGAUAAAGAGCAAGUACCUCCCGGCCUGGAGUUCACGUUUGAAUAGAGGUGGGAGAACUGUUCCUUAAUAUCCUUGAGUAUGUGAAGAAGUCGGGAGUGAACGCCAGCGAAUGUCUCUUUUUGGCGUGCGCAUACGCGCUUCAAGGAAGAGAACGCGAGCCUGACUCACGAGUGAAGUUUGUAAGGCGCUCAAACAUAUGAAACAAAACUCAGUAACUAAUACAGUUAAACGCCCUUAAAAAGACACCUAACAUAUCUAUUUACCUUUCAUUGCUUCCGUAUUCUCUCCAUCGUGAGAUGGUAUCCUGUAGCACUCAAAAUACAUCCCAACACAACCACCAAAUUCAUCUUUCCGCAAACUCUUCAACAUGGGCAAACCCAAAACCGGCCAGUACACCAAUGAGACAUAAAUAACCAGAUAAGACAUUACUUAAAGUUGUUUGGUCCCAGGCGAGGUUCAUGGUUAGACAAGUGUGAAUGCAGUAGUGUGAAUGUGUGUGCAUUUGUCAGCAGUUCUUUAAGACCCCUUUCUCCAAAGAGAGAGAGAGAUAAAGAGAGAUGACAUAACAGUAAAAAAAAAAAAAAAAAAAAAAAGAAAAAAAAAAUCGGGGUUCUUAAGACCGGUGACUGUACGAAAAAUGGUGAAUGUGAUUACACCAAUAAGCAGUAGAAGAAAGUGGAUGAAUAUAUCAUGGUGACAUGUAGGGACAUCAUUGAGAGAGAGAGAGAGAGAGAGAGAGAGAGAGAGAGAGAGAGAGAGAGAGAAAUUCAAAA